CAUUCCGAUCCACUCUGAGUUCUGACCCUCGCCCUAAUAAAGGGUUUGUCUUGGUUUUUACCCCCUUUUAUCAUGAUAUCCCGAAAGGAAGGGUUUCGCCUUUUUUCGAGCCGAAUUCCGUGCGAAACGCCCUUAACGAAGGGCCGAACGGGCUGAACGGCACUUUCCGAACAGGAGACAUGCUAAGUGUCAGAAUUGCGUACGCGUACUAUUGUAAACACAAGACGAUGUUUUGAUAUUCGUUAGCUGAAAAUGUAUCUUUUGGAUUAACAUCAAAGUGACAUGUCCGGCGGGGAAAGAAAAAAGCGUAUUGCCCGUGGUACUGGUUGGGAAGAGGCUGGAGGAGAAUUUUACCAAGAGAGCUAUCCGGGUGGUGAAAUUGACUUAGAGGCACUUCCAAGGGACCCCCAUUACUUUGCUACCCUUCUUCCGAGCAAACAGAACCGAGCAGCAACGACGAGGAAGCCACAGAAAGCAGACCCAAAGGCUACUUUCAAGAGAAGAACUUCGACUAGGUCUCGUUAUUAUAACACCAUGGGCCAGAACACAAUCCCUAAUGAUAUCCAUGUCGCUAUGAUGCCUGAUCUGUCAGAAAAUCUGGCGAACGAGGAGACAACUUGGGAAGAAAUGAUGUUAAUUAAAGCAAUGCCAAUAUCAAUGGCUCAAAAAAAGGAAAUAAAAGCAAAACUUCUGAGUGCUGACACAUUUAGACUUCAAGGUUUGAAGCAUUUUAAGUGGCGGAGGAGGAAGUUUUGGGAGUAUAUGAAAAUAAAGAAGAAAGAAUAUUAUAAAACCAUUCAGUUGUGGAGGAAAUGUCUAAGGGCAAUUGAGGGCAACUUCGGUACUGGUGUUGUUGCGUUUUUCUUUUUUAUAAAAUGGCUAAUGUUUUUAAAUUUAACAAUUACUGUUUUAAUUGUCUGUUUUAUAAUUGUGCCCACAUUGUUAAUGAAAGAAACUGAAAACGACCCUUGUAUGCCAAGCAAUGGCACUAUUUCGGUGGCAUGUUGUUCACAGUUGUACUCAAACAACCUGUCUGAUUUUGUAUUUGACCCUUAUGACUUUGCUCAAGGUACUGGUUGGGUAGAGAGGUCGUACAUGUUUUACGGUGUUUAUUCCAGUUCAAUAUUGGAGGACACACUUUUAAAUUACAAUUUGCCAGUCGCUUAUAUAGCGACAGCUCUCGGUUAUUUCCUUUUGAGCCUUUUCGCCAUCUUGAAAGCCGCUGCCAACGGUUUCAAAGAGAGACUGGUAGAAAGUGACGGUCAAUACUACAGAUACUGCAAUAUGAUUUUCUCAGGCUGGGACUUUUGUAUAUAUAACGAGAAAUCUGCGAGUAUUAAGCACAAGGGGCUGUUUUACGAAUUGAAAGACAGUCUCGAAUAUGAGAGAAGAGAAGAUGACAAAAAGAACAGAAGUAGAGAUGAGUAUUGUCGAUUGAUCUCCAUUCGUAUAUUUAUUAACAUGAUCGUUAUUAUUAUUUUAAUAGCUUCUGGGUCUUUGAUAUUUUUCACUUUUCAGUUUUCAUUGAAAGAACUUGAAUUGCACAGAGACAAUCAAACAGAAUACUACAGGCUAUUGCUAGAGUUCAUUCCUUCAUUAUGCAUCGUGGGUUUGAAUCUCAUCAUACCGAAUAUUCUAAACUAUUUGGUCUCACUGGAAAAUUAUUCUCCUAUCUUUGUUGUUAGGAUAACACUCUUCCGUACUAUUUUGCUAAGACUUUCCUCUUUAGGAGUAUUGUUGGCUUCUUUUUAUUCGUUGGUGAAAUGUAGAGUUGGAACAGAAGAGGCCUGUGCUAGUACUUACUGCAGGACUCCCUUGUGUUGGGAAACUUACGUUGGGCAACAACUGUACAAGUUGAUAAUUUUAGAUAUUGUAUCUAACGCCAUAGUCACAUUUUUAAUCAACUUCCCUAGAAUGUUGAUUGCUAAACACAUAAAAUGCAAAUUAGCACGGAUCUUAGGAGCACAAGAAUUUGAACUUCCGAAACAUGUUUUAGACGUUGUUUACAGUCAGACGUUAGUAUGGUUUGGGAGUUUCUAUGCUCCUUUACUCCCAGCUUUGGCGACAGUAUUGUUUUUUCUUGUAUUUUACAUUAAAAAGUUUGCUUGUCUUGUCAACUCUUCACCGUCGACUACUAUUUAUCGAGCUUCUAGAUCUAACUCGAUGUUCAUGUCAGUGCUCCUAGUAUCUUUCUCAGUUGCCGUUAUACCAUGGGCGUACACCAUGUCGGAAAUAGAACCAUCUCGAUCUUGCGGUCCGUUCAGAGGGAGGCCAUCAGUUUGGUCUCUUGUAGAAGAGACUUAUCAAGAAUUCCCUUGCUGGUUGAAGAACACCUUCUCCAGUGUGACAUCAGCGUAUUUCCUUAUACCGGCAUUUUCUCUGCUAAGCUUUUCACUUUACUAUUACUACAUUAUUGCAAAAGAAAAUAAACAGAUGGUGACUGUCCUUAAAAAGCAACUUGUAUUAGAAGGUCAUGACAAACAGUUUCUAUUGGAUCGUUUGAGUGCUUUCAUUAAACAACAUCAAGAAAGACACAAAGCAGCAAGAUCCAUCGAUCCACCCAUUAUUCCGCAUAAUUCAGUUAAUGGUGCUCAUGGAAAUGUUUGAUUUGAAGAGUAAAAGCUGAUUUGAAAACAUGUAUAACUUCAAACCGACCUUUUUCUAUUUCUAAAUGAAACAAAAAUAUUAGGCAAAAGCGAAAGUGAUUUGAUUUACUAUUAAAAUUGUAAACAUACUGUACAAGCAGGUAAAAAAGUAUCAUUAACUCUGCAGCAGGCGCUUAUAUAAAAAUUUGAGAAGUGGGUGAGUGGAGUACUCAGUUCCACAUAUCAUUUUUUGCUUUUUUGUGUGUGUGGAAAAUAAUGACAUGUCUAAUAAUAUGAAAUAAUGACCAUAGUAACAAUUAGAAUGAAAACUACUAGCAUAAAUAUUUAUAAUAUAAAAGACUUGUAAUUAGGAUGACUUAAAUACUUAUUUAAAAAAAUGACAUUUUUCUCAAUUAGCAUUGAUUUAUCAUGAAAAUGUAUUGAUCUCGUCAGAAUCAAAAAUUUUUUAUGGCCAAAAACAUCUAAAAUUUGCAGACUGGAACAAUCAUCUAAAACAGCCAUUAUCUCAUUUUUUUGUAGGUUUUGCAUCUCUUUAUUUUCUACAGUCUUUUGCUUUAUUGGCAUCGAUGUAGUUUUUAGUGAAAAGUCUGUCAUCAAUUGCCUCCGUUGUGUUUGACAAUUUCGCCAAAAUAUAUUGAAAAUUAAAUUAAAAAUAUAUUAAUCUCGGUAUGUAAAUCCCAUGUAACUCUGUUGGUACCUGGUAAAGUUUUUAUAUUUUUGCUCGAGUUUUAUGAGGUAAGGUAGUAGGAUUGCUCAUCCAUAUUAUAUCAUCUUUUCUAAUGAAAAAUGUAUAAUCAGUGUCCACAUUUUCUACAUACAUGUCUUCAUCUAUUUCAUCUUUACUGGCAGAUUUCUCCAGUUCGCCGAAAUGAAUGUCUUGCAUUAUUUAAUUCAUUAUCACUAUCAACUGUACAAUCUAUGAAAUAAUAGGAUUCAUCCGAGAGUUGUUGGAGGGCCUCCAACAUUUUUUCUUAUUUGUUAUACAAAUUUUCAGACCUAACGGGUAAAAAAACAACAAAUUACAAAAAUUGAAUAAAACUAAAAUCAUAGCUAUAAUCCAAGUAAUAUUAAUAUAUACAUAUAAACAUAAAAAAUACCUAUUAUGUAAGUAGGUACAUAUUACAAAGUAAUAUAAAUACAUAUUA